UAUAACGUAACUUCAAGUUAAUUGUGUUUUUCAUCAUUCUGGAUUGACUAAAAUAUUUGAAUUUGUAGCUUAUGUAAACAUUAUCCUCAAUUUACACCGAUCAUAAAGAAAGAGGACUGGUAGGCCUAGAAUAUCCACAGAAGUUGACAGACUCGGAGAGCAGAAGCCAGGGAUAUGGCUGAAAGAAAGUCACAGAACAAGUAUUACCCCCCAGACUGGGACCCCAGUAAAGGAUCCGUCAACAAAUAUGUCGGCCAGCACCCCCUACGAGACCGAGCCAAAAAAAUCGCUCAGGGCAUACUUGUUAUUAGGUUUGAAAUGCCGUAUAAUAUUUGGUGUGGAGGCUGCAACAGUCAUAUUGGAAUGGGAGUCCGCUACAACGCAGAGAAGAAGAAAGUGGGAAACUAUUACUCCACGCCAAUCUGGCAGUUCAGAAUGAAGUGUCAUUUGUGUGAUAAUUAUUUUGAAAUCCAAACAGACCCCCAGCACCAUGACUAUGUGAUUGUGAGUGGGGCCAGAAGAAAAGAACAGCGAUGGGACCCCAAAGAUAAUGAACAGAUUGCUACAGAAGAUAAAGCUAUUAUAAAGAAGAUGGCCAAUGACCCCAUGUUUAAGCUGGAACAUACGAGUGAUGACGUGAAGAAAGCGGCCAAUGUACAGAUGACCGUUGGUCAGUUAGAGGACAGGAGAAGUGAAUAUCGAGACGAUUACAUUCUAAACAAGAUGGCCAGAAGUCAGUUCAGGGAAGAAAAGAAGGCCUUGAAGAAAACAGCCCUGGAGGACAAAGAUUUGCUGGAGAGGUCCUCACUAGAUAUUACACUUCUACCCGAGUCAAAGGAGGAUGUUAAGAUGGCCUCCCUCCUCAAAUACAAGUCCACGGAAACCUAUGAUGAGAAACAGAAACAGUUGAGGAAGGAAAUUGAGUCGCAGACAAUUUUUCAAAAAUCUAACCAACCAAAGGAUGGAAAAGAAACAAUAAAACAUAAACUGGCAGCAGCCAAUAACAACAAACACUUGGGAUUUAACAAUUGUGAAGCCAUAACGUAUAGAACGUUGACCGAGAGUCAGAAGUUGUUCGGAAUCCGAAAGAAAAAUAACUUAAACAAGACCAAAAAAGACCAUUCUCGAUCAUCGCAGGCCACAGAGCAGGCAAGUAAUGAGGACGUAGAGAUAAGACUAGCCCCAAUUUCAGAGGAAACCAGUAGUGAUAGUGUUAUGGGACAACAAGAUGAAGAAUGUGAACAGCCCAAGUACAAUGUUAUCAACAAGGCACCAUCAACGUCGAACGACAUGUCUGGCCUUAAUCUAGUCAACAGCUAUCAGGACAGUGACUCAGAUUCCGACUCCAAAGUCACUUAAAAAUAUCAAACGCUGAUGUUAUUUACUGAUACUCAUUGCAUUCAUUAAAUUAUUUGUUAUUGCCAAUAAAUAUGACUAUUGCA